AAUGAACUCGCUCGCCAAUAAGGCUCCAUUGGAAGAAGAAGACCCAGUGAUUCCUGGAUAACUUCAAGAGCUUCAAAGUAACUCACAGCUUGUUGUAUGAGAUUAGAAUAUUCCUAGAUCUGCAGAACAGGUAAACCAGAAGAACAAUCGGCAAUUUUUACUAGAUUAAACUUUUACAGCUGUUUUGUUUGAUUGCCACAUCCCCAAAAUAAAUAAAUCAUAGAUUCGGUUUACUUACUUUCCGAGCCCAGGUUUUAAAAUAUAUAUAUAUAUUUCGCAUAAUGACCCUAUCAAAAAAUAGAGGGACAGAUACAGAUUGGCAUGGCUUGGCAUUGUCCCAUUUCCUGAUUGCUCUGGGAAUCAGCAGCCAAAUUAAAAAUCAAGAUUUGACAGGAAACAGGGCACCAAUACAUAAUCGAGAUACAAAUAUGUCUUCUGAUCCGGAAUUAAAAUACAUUGACAACCGAUGGCUUUACUUUCAUGGCUUAAUGAUAGAUCAAACGUCUCGACAGAUUGUUUUGAACACUCCAAAUACAAUAGUAGAUCAGCUUGGUGAUACUCAGAUAAGACAACUAGCAAGAAAGCAGCGGGCUCUCAAAAGCAGUAAAUUUUUGCAUUUCAAGUAUCCCAGUUUAAUAGAAUUUGUCGCUGUUGAACCAUUGUAUCUCAAAUAUUGUCAAGACGAAUUUCUAGUUAGAAGGAAAGAACAAAUCCCAGAAUGGGAACUUUUAAAAGGAAAGAAAGUCUUGGGUACUGAAGUUGUCAAUGAGAGAAUGAAAGUUGUAAUUUAUAUUGAUGAAGUUGAUGAUACACCAAUUCCAAAGGAAUCAGUAAGAUACUGGAAAUCAGAAAGAAUUCUCGAGGACUGCUACCAGUCGAUCCAAUUUUCUCAAAGUUACCUGGAAUCAAUCACAAGAUCGUUGAAUUCAACUUAUAAGAAUGAAGGAAUAUAUCUUUAUCUGAAAAUCACGCAUGAAAGGAACAAUAAACAAAAAUUAAAUACUACAAUUCAAUCAUGUUUAGAAAGGAGCAUUGACGAACAAAACUCAAACAUGCGUGAGAUGUCUAUAUACUAUUUUGAUUGCUUUUCUUUGUUUUAUCAGAUACUUGUAUGUGUUGACUUGGAUCUUAUUAUGGGAGAGACUAAAACGAAAAUAGAGACUCUAAAGACACCACAGUUAGAUCUCGAUGUCAAACAACAAGCUUUGAAGGAUCUAUUCGUUGAUUUUAUGUCAAAGAACAUCAUUCUUUUUGUUCAAAUACUAGUGCCUUAUUUAGUCAAUCUAGAAGAUUCUACAUUUCUUGAUUGUUUUGAUUGUUUGAAGAGAUUAGAUGUAUUGAAAAAUUUUGCAAUAUCAUGUAUGCUACUAGAACUCGACCAGGGAAUAUUUAUAUCCCUUAUGUCCAGCGCAAGUACCACCUUGAAUGACAAAUAUGAAGGAUGGAGAAUACUACAAAUAAUCUAUGAGCAGAAGAAGAAAGAAGUUCUUCAGAACAUAUUAGAGAAUGGAAACAGUAAAAAUAUUGAAUUACCCAGUCUAGCUGAAUUAAAUGCUACUCACGAUAUGGCACCCUUUGUUGAACAAACUGCAAAUUCUCCUCUUGAUGCUGCUGGCAGUAGAUAUAAGGAGACGUCUAUCCUGGCUACCGAUAACUCCGCAAGUUUAGAACAAAUAGUGAUUUUGAGUGACAGUGAAGACGAACAAGAUGCAAUAACUACAGUUCCAGCCCCAGUAUCAACCUCAGUCCCAGAACCAGCCCCAGCAAUUGAAAAUGAUUCAUUAUUACCUUUGUCAUCCGAAUCACCAGAUAAAUAUUGUAAGGGGCCAGAUUUUUCUGGACUUUACUCAUGCAGUUAUGAUGGUUGUGAUUUUCAACUGUAUAAGAGAUUUGACAUGCGCAAACAUAUUAAGAGGCACCUAGGCACAAGGUAUAGGUGUAUUCAGUGUUUGAAAAAGUUUGACGAUAUCCCAAAACUUGAACUGCAUGUAGAAAGUCACGAAGUUUUGGUUGAACGCGUUUUACCCCAGCAUCCGUUAGACGAAUACUGUCACGGUCCUGGACCCAGAUGCAUUUACACCUGUAUCUAUGACGAUUGCGGAGAACGGAUAACUUUUCGAGUAAACAUGCAUCUUCAUAUCCAAAGCCAUUUACAAGAAUCAAAUUUACCCAUUGAGUGUCUACAUUGUUGUAAAAGAUUCAAGUCUAUUAAACUAUUGAGCACCCAUCUCAGAUUCAACCACCUGGACAUUUUGGAACAAUUUACACAUGUUCAAUUCAAAAACUAUUACAAUGACUACAACAAAGUUAAUGGGUACAAAUGCACAUACAAUAAUUGUGGGACGUGCUUCACUAGUAAGCUUGUUAUGGAGCAUCAUAUUACCAAGCACUUGAACGAAGAGUAAACAAGUGCAUCUGCUCUUGCAAUGUGUAUUAGUCAGUGUAUACUACGAAUUAGUCAGACAGGUAAGAUUAAGGGUUGAAUAUAACAUGUACAUAUGGGGAAAUUUUCUGAUUUCCAGCUACGCUUGGAAUAGUAAAAGUCUAUGUAUUGCUUAGUGUGUAAUUUUUUUUUGCAGUUAUUAUUUUUCCUUAGUGUGAAUCUAAUAUCCUGCAUAGAG